AGCACACUUUGCGGGGAUAUCUUAGCGUUGAGUUUGCUCAAAAGUCAAGAGGUCAGGCGGAGGCCGUUGUCCGCCCAUCCUAUCGUAUCCAAUCGUACCAUUGGCGGUGUGAGACGUGAGGUGGUUUGAGUGUACACGAAUAAGUAAUAAUAGCGAUCAUGCCAGAGUCACCUUCUCGAACAAACCCCACCCGCACCAACUCUCCUCCUACUACUUCUACAUCAUCCUCCUCCUCCCCUUCUUCUAUCACUCCUCAAUUCCGUCUAUCCCAACUCACCUCCCACCUCGCUCCAAUGGCUUCCACAACUUCCUUCGACGCCAAUGCCGUCCCCCAAGCUCCCGAAGACCCUCUCUUCGGGUUGAUGGCUGCUUUCCGCCGCGACACAGAUCCAAACAAGGUCGAUUUGGGCAUUGGAGCUUACAGAGACGACAACGCAAAGCCAUGGGUCUUACCCGUCGUCAAGAAGGCCGACGAGAAGCUUCGCAAUGAUCCCAACCUGAACCACGAAUACCUCCCCAUCGCCGGUCUCGCAGAUUUCACGUCGGCGUCACAAAAACUCGUUCUAGGCGGCGACAGCCCCGCCAUCAAGGAGAAGCGGGUCACCAGUUUACAGACCAUCUCCGGCACCGGUGCUGUCCACUUGGGAGCUCUCUUCCUUGCCAAAUUCUACAAGCCAAACUCGAACCGCACAGCCUACUUCUCCGACCCAACAUGGCCGAACCACUUCCAGAUCUUCAACAACGUGGGGAUCCCGCAGAAGACAUACCCAUACUUCUCGAAGCAGACCAAGGGUCUCGACUUCGAUGGCUACAUCAAGUCCCUAGAGAGUGCAGAUGAAGGUUCCAUCAUUGUGAUCCAUGCCUGUGCCCACAACCCUACCGGUGUUGACCCCACGCAAGAGCAGUGGAAGAAGAUCGCCGAGGUGAUCCGCGCGAAGAAGCACUUCCCCUUCUUCGAUACCGCAUACCAGGGCUUUGCAUCAGGGGAUUUGGCCCGUGAUGGCUGGGCCAUCCGAUACUUUGUCGAGCAAGGUUUCGAGCUCUGCAUUGCCCAAUCGUACGCAAAGAACUUUGGUCUCUACGGCGAGCGCGCGGGAUGCUUCCACUUCAUCACCAGCCCGUCGACCGACGCCCAGUCAGUAGUUUCGAGAGUCGCCUCACAACUCGCCAUUCUCCAGCGAUCAGAGAUCUCAAAUCCCCCAGCAUACGGCGCGCGCAUUGCCUCGAUCGUGCUGAACGACGCAGAGCUCUUUGCAGAGUGGGAGGCCAACCUCAGGACCAUGUCCGGCAGGAUCAUUGAGAUGCGCAAGGUGUUGCGCGCGAAGCUCGAGGAGGCCGGCACUCCAGGCACAUGGAACCACAUCACCGACCAGAUCGGCAUGUUCAGCUUCACGGGCCUCACGGAGCAGCAGGUCCUCAAGCUGCGGGAGGACAGCCACGUCUACAUGACCAAGAACGGCCGCAUCUCAAUGGCAGGCUUGAACACGCACAACGUCGACUACUUUGCAAAGGCCGUCGACCAGGCCGUGAGGGCCACGCAGUAGUGCGUCAUUUGAUGGGUACGAAUAGUGUAUUGAUGGGGUAAUAGCCGGUCCAAAAUCGGUAAAUCGGAAAUCCAUUGAUUGGUAGGAAUUUAUGGGCA